CAAAAUGGAUAAAAUCUUGUUGUGGAGUCUCCUGUUGAUUUUUUCUGGAAGUCAAGCCUCAAGAACCUUGGCUCAAAAAAAUACUGAAUUUGCAGUGGAUCUUUAUCAAGCUAUUUGCUUAUCUCACAAGAGCAACAUUGUAUUUUCCCCGCUUGGAACAACUUUGGUUCUUGGAAUGGUACAACUGGGAGCAAAAGGCAAAGCACUUCAGCAAAUAAAACGAACUUUAAAGCUGCAGGAAACCCCAACUGGAGAAGAAUUUUCUGUGUUGAAGUCAUUUUUCUCUGCCAUCUCAGAGAAAAAACAAGAAUUUACAUUUAAUCUUGCCAAUGCCCUCUACCUUCAAGAAGGAUUCACUGUGAAGGAACAGUAUCUCCAUGGCAACAAGGAGUUUUUUCAGAGUGCUAUAAAACUGGUGGAUUUUCAGAAUGCAAAGGCUUGUGCAGAGACAAUAAGUACCUGGGUAGAAAGCAAAACAGAUGGAAAAAUUAAAAACAUGUUUUCAGGGGAAGAAUUUGGCCCUCUGACUCGGCUUGUCUUGGUGAAUGCUAUCUAUUUCAAAGGGGAUUGGAAGCAGCAAUUUAGAAAAGAAGACACGCAGCUGAUGAAUUUUACUAAGAAAGAUGGUUCAGCCGUCAAAAUUCCAAUGAUGAAGGCUCUUCUGAAAACAAAAUAUGGUUAUUUUUCUGAAUCCUCCAUGAAAUACCAGGUUUUGGAAUUGCCUUAUAAGGAUGACCACUUUAGUUUAAUCAUCAUACUUCCUGCAGAAGAGGUGAACAUAGCAAAGGUAGAAAAAUUAAUUACCGCUCCUCAGAUCCUGAAAUGGUUCUCUGAGAUGCAGGAAGAAGAAGUGGAAAUAAGCCUCCCUAGAUUUAAAGUGGAACAAACACUAGACUUCAAAGAAGCUUUGUAUUCUUUGAACAUAACUGAGAUAUUUAGUGGUGGCUGUGACCUUUCUGGAAUAACAGAUUCAUCUGAGCUGUAUGUUUCUCAUGUCAUGCAGAAAGUUUUCUUUGAGAUAAAUGAAGAUGGCAGUGAGGCUGCAACAUCAACUGGCAUACAUACCCCCGUGAUCAUGAGUCUGACUCCAAAUCAAUUUAUAGCAAAUCACCCAUUUCUGUUCAUUAUGAAGAAUAACCCAACAGAAUCAAUUUUGUUUAUGGGAAGGGUGACAAAUCCUGACACCCAAAAUGUGAAGAGAAGAGACUUAGAUUCAUUGUAAAUGAGAAGCACAGCCUCAGAAUACAAGAGUGUUCCUGGAAAAGAGUUGAUUUGCAAAAUAUCAUCAAUUUGAAAAUAUCUUCUUGGUAUCAUUUUUCUGUUUAAAGCUAUGCCUGUAUUAACCUAUAUUAGUAUAGCCCUGUAUUAAUGAGUAAGUGAACUCAGAUACGUGUUUGUUUC